AGGAGGUGAGCGACUGACAGCCGGACGCAGCCACAAUGAGCUGAAACCCCCAGAAUGGAGACCUCUUUGGGUGCAACGGGGGUCACUGUGCUGCUCCUGAGCUUCAUGGCCGCCUCCCACAAUAACAUGAGGACCAAUGUGUGCAAGUGGUGUGACCACUCCCACCCUGUGUGCGACGGGGGCGUCUGUCUGACCAACUGCUCCCUCAGCUCCUACUGUGAGAAUCCGGAGGAAAUCUGCGUCACCGUUUGGAAGGAGGAAAAUGAGAGUCUCCAGCUCAGCACCCGCUGUCACCACCCCCUCCUACUGCUGGAGAACUUCCUGGUGCCCAACUACAACUCCACCCUCUGCGUCAUGAGCGCCGUGCCCUCCGUAUCCGGCCGACUGUACACGUGCGCCUGCACCGAGGAGCAAGAGUGUAACGACAAACUCAUCUUCUACAACCAGAGCAACGGAUUUUCCAUGUUGCACAGCCGGGAGGCGGUACCUGUGGCUGCAAUUAGUCUCCUCCCCCCGUUUCUGUGCGCGGUGAUGGUGACGGUUCUGUUCUACCUGUACCGAACCCAAAGGCUCAGUAAGAUACCCCACUCCUGGGCAGACAAAGGGGGGCAGUGCCCGGAGGAGGCCGGUGGGAGGGACGGGUACAACUCGGUUCUGAUGGGCACCUCAGAAAUGAGCCCCACAUGCGCCCACAGCAUGAAGCACAAGGCGGAGCUGCUGCCCAUCGAGCUGGAGCAGCGGGUUGGCAAGGGGCGCUUUGCGGAGGUUUGGCGGGCCAGGCUGCGGGGCGGGGCGGCCGGGCAAUACGAGACGGUGGCCGUGAAGAUCUUCCCCUUCCAGGAGUUUCCUUCUUGGAGAAAUGAGAGUCGGAUUUUCGCCGACGCCAACCUGAAACACGAGAAUGUGCUGCGGUUCAUCACCACGGAAACCCGCGGCACCGGCCUCCGGCGGGAAUAUUGGAUCAUCACCGCGUUCCAUGCCAGGGGCAACCUGAAGGAUUACUUGGCCGGCCAUCUCCUCAACUGGGCCACCUUCCUGCGCAUGUCGGGCUCCAUAGUGAGUGGCGUGGCCCAUCUGCACAGCGACUCCGCCCCCUGCGGCGCCGCCAAGGUCCCCAUUGCCCACCGGGACAUCAAAAGCACCAACAUCCUGGUGAGAAGCGACUGCCGGUGCCUCGUGUGCGACUUUGGCAUCGCCGUGCGGCUGGACCCUGCGCUCACCAGCGAGGACUUGGCCAACAGCGGGCAGGUUGGCACUGCCAGGUACAUGGCACCGGAGGUUUUGGAGUCCCGAGUGAACUUGGAAGACCUGGAAUCUUUCAAACAGAUGGACGUCUAUUCCCUGUCACUGGUACUGUGGGAACUGGGCACCCGCUGUGAUGCCUCCGGGGAGACAAGGAGCUAUGAGCUGCCUUUUGGGAGCAAAGUGCGAGAGCAGCCGUGUGUGGAAACCAUGAGGGACCUGGUGUUGCACGGGCGCGUCCGGCCCGAAAUCCCCCCCUCCUGGGGCAGCCACCCGGGACUGAAUAUCCUGCGAGACACAAUCACAGAGUGCUGGGACCAUGACCCCGAGGCCCGUCUCACUGCUCACUGUGUGGCCGAACGCUUUAAACUAAUGGCACAGACGGACUGUGAUCCCAGUAACCAUCACUCGACUGACUGAGGCGCUGCCCAGGGGGGCCCCAGGGGCCAACUCAAUUCUUGGAUCUCGUUGCAUCCCUAACAGAUCAUUUCCAUUGGCUGCAGCUGGCUACUCACACAGGGAGGGGACCCCUUGCCGCCCAUGUACAGCAGCCUGCCCCGGCCAAUACUGCAAUGCCUCUAUACUGUGUAUAGCCCCCGUACUGUAUAUAGCCCCCACCCCGUGUAUAGCCCCCGUACUGUAUAUAGCCCCCACCCCGUGUAUAGCCCCCGUACUGUAUAUAGCACCCACCCCUUGUAUAGCCCCCGUACUGUAUAUAGCACCCACCCCGUGUAUAGCCCCCGUACUGUAUAUAGCACCCACCCCGUGUAUAGCACCCACCCCGUGUAUAGCCCCCGUACUGUAUAUAGCACCCACCCCGUGUAUAGCAACAAGGCUGUACAGCACCCACCCCGUGUAUAGCAACAAUGCCGUGUACAGCACCCACCCCGUGUAUAGCAACAAUGCUGUACAGCACCCACCCCGUGUAUAGCAACAAUGCUGUACAGCACCCACCCCGUGUAUAGCAACAAUGCCGUGUACAGCACCCACCCCGUGUAUAGCAACAAUGCUGUACAGCACCCACCCCGUGUAUAGCAACAAUGCUGUACAGCACCCACCCCGUGUAUAGCAACAAUGCUGUACAGCACCCACCCCGUGUAUAGCAACAAUGCUGGGUACAGCACCCACCCCGUGUAUAGCAACAAUGCUGGGUACAGCACCCACCCCGUGUAUAGCAACAAUGCUGGGUACAGCACCCACCCCGUGUAUAGCAACAACGCUGUAUAGCACCCACCCCGUGUAUAGCAACAACGCUGUAUAGCACCCACCCCGUGUAUAGCAACAACGCUGUAUACCCCCCUACCCUAUGUAUAGCAAACAAUGCUGGGUACAGCACCCACCCCGUGUAUAGCAACAACGCUGUAUAGCACCCACCCCGUGUAUAGCAACAACGCUGUACAGCACCCACCCCAUGUAUAGCAACAAUGCUGGGUACAGCACCCACCCCGUGUAUAGCAACAACGCUGUAUAGCACCCACCCCGUGUAUAGCAACAACGCUGUAUAGCACCCACCCCGUGUAUAGCAACAACGCUGUAUAGCACCCACCCCGUGUAUAGCAAACAAUGCUGGGUACAGCACCCACCCCGUGUAUAGCAACAACGCUGUAUAGCACCCACCCCGUGUAUAGCAACAACGCUGUACAGCACCCACCCCGUGUAUAGCAACAAUGCUGGGUACAGCACCCACCCCGUGUAUAGCAACAAUGCCGUGUACAGAACCUGUAAAUGCAGAAAUAUAAACAUGAAUACCAAAGAAUGACAAAAUGGCAGCACAGAACCAUGGAACAGAACAAAUGGUUUCCAUACCAAACAAAUUGUAUCAGAACCUGCCCCAGGGGAUUGUGGGUAGGAGAUUGCACAGACCCACAGUACAUUACAUAUCCAGGGGCUGAAGCCUUGAUCCAAUACUAUUGUGGUACCGAGACCCUUAUGGGAAUUGCAGCAGAUUAGACAAAAGACAAACACACAACACUGCCCAUUCGGGAUCAUUUAUUGCCCCCCCCCCCACCUUAUUUACAUAUCCCUGACCCACCCCCUUUCAUAUAACCCCACCCACACCCCAUUUUUCAAAAGUUAGAUUCACAGCAGGAGAGAACCUGUAUCAUAAUGAGAAAUGGGGGUCCCGGGGGGGGGGGGGGUGGAGCUGCAUUUCAGAGCUUGGAAGACAACACAGAGAAGAGGAGAGAGUAAGGCACCACUCUGUGUGUAAUGUACAGUAUAGUGCGCGAGUGUGUGUAAUGUACAGUAUAGUGCGCGAGUGUGUGUAAUGUACAGU